AUGGCUUACACUUAUCUUCUCUUGGCCGCUCUGUGUCUCCAUGAGGCGCAUGGCCUUUCUGCGAAGAGAGGAAUCGCAUACAACAACAACAACCCUUCCGGGAAUGCAGUGUACGCGAACCUUUUUAAGGGCAACACGAAGGUAUCAUGGGCCUAUGAUUGGGGAUACCCGUCCUGGGACUUGGACUCCUCGUUUGAGUUUGUUCCCAUGCUGUGGGGAUUGCCCAGCGGUGCCGAUUCAGACUGGACGGCUGCUGUACAAACUCCAGGAACGAUGAACAUCCUUGGGUUCAACGAGCCUGAUUUGACUUAUGAUGCUUCAUCGAACAUCAUCCCCGAGAAAGCUGCAGCUGGGUAUCUUACCUACAUGCAGCCCUUUGCGGGAACCGUACGAAUCGGUUCUCCCAGUGUCCUGUGGAAUAACGUUGGUUCAUCUUCUGGCGGCUCUUAUAAUACCGCUACAUGGACUCAAUACUUCCUGGGAAACUGCACUGGUUGCCACUUGGACUUUGCAGCUAUUCAUUAUUACCAGGACUGUGUUACCCCUGAUGGCCAGAAUGGUGCUGUCUGGUUUGAAGGCAAUGUGACAAACGCGCAUGAUGUUUUGGGUCUCCCAAUUUGGAUUACAGAGUUUGAGUGCUAUGGAAGCGAAGAGCAGCAGAUCGCAUUCUUGGAGCAGGCUCUUCCUUGGUUGGACUCGCAAGACUACGUGGAAAGGUAUGCGUAUUUUGGUGCUUUCCCUGAAUAUCUCAUCAAUGCGGAUGGAACUGGACUGUCUGAUUUGGGAACUACCUACGCAACUAUUUGA